AUGGAGACUACCAUGGCGGACAGCCGGGAAGGGUCUCCGCCGGCCUUAAGUCGGAGAGCAUGUGACCAAUGCCGCCUACGGAAGAUUCGCUGUGACAAGGAGACGCCUUGCUCCAAUUGCCGUAGCGCCAGACGGUCAUGUAGUUCCACGGGCGCAGGACAGAAACCCAAGGAGCCACGCCAGCGAGUUCUGAUUUCUAGUCAGUACGAGCGUAAAAUCGAUCAGAUAGAGGAACGUCUCGCGGGCAUCGAGGGUCUUUUGCAGCAACUGGUCUCUACUCGGUCAACUUCUGGUGCCGAUGGACUCACGCCAGCCAGUAGUACUAGCCAGCAAGGACAGGGGCAAGGAACCAGGUCAUUGCGGGUGCUAGCUGCGAGUACUAAUCGGUCACCGUCGACUGCAUCAUCGAGUCGUAGAGUUACAGAUGCCCCAACACCAGAUCAAGGAGGUAAUGUCGACAGCACAAGUACCCUCUUUGAUCCUGAAGACGCAGAAACCUUUGAAGGGAACUCGUCGUUAGCGGCUCAUACUGCCUUUGCGUCGGAAUUUUUGGCUGAUGCGGUUCGCAAGACGACGCUCGGCGAUGGCGGAAGCAUCAAUCCGAAAUUCGACGCGGCGCUGAACUCUUUGCGACACAUCAUACAAAUGCAGAACAGGAACCGACAACGGUCGACUGCCAAAGUGUGGUCACAAGCACCGAGUUUGACGAAUCCUGUUUCGGAAGACGAUUCCGAGGGCAACGGCCGUGGGAGGCGUAAAAGCUUCACGAGGACUAACCUUCGGAAUUUACCAUUACCCCCUAUGGCGCUCGUUCGGGAGCAGCUGAGCGCGAUGAGUCACGGCCCUGUGCCCGUGAUGCUUGCUAUUCUUUACACAUUCAUCGACUACGAGCACUUCACAGACCGUUGCCGACAACUCUACUUUGCGACGGAGGCGCCGUCAGAGGCAAGUUUCAUCACCGUCAAUGCGGGCCUCCUAUAUAUCUUCUUCGAGGCGUCGCUGAAGGCUUCGGAUCCGGUCAAGAAGGCGCAGUACGAGGAGUCCCGUGCCAUAUCCCAAAACAACCUCGAGAUAGCGUUGGCGCAGAUGAAUAUGAUGAUGCCAGCCACAGCGGAAAACAUCGAAGCGCUGCUCAUGGGUGCCUGUUUUUGUAUCGAUGAAUCGCGGGCAUCGGUUGCAUGGAUUCUCGUCUCUAGAGCCGCACAUAUGUGCCGAACGCUAGGUUACCAUCAAAUCCACACUAUGAAAGACGACAUGCCGCAGACGAAAGCCGAUAAAUCUCUCUUAUUCUGGUGCACAUAUAUGCUGGACAAAGCUCUCUCACUGCGUCUCGGCAGGGCAUCCAUACUGCAAGACUACGAUAUCUCGCUCCCGCAUGUAACACCCGACGCGAAGGCCGCGUACCCAGGCAAAGAAGUAAUGACGCUUUGGAUCCAGCACGCGCGCGUCCUCGGACGCAUCUAUGAGCGCCUGUACUCGCCCGGCGCCCUGCGACAGCCCGACACGGUGCGCAUCGAGCAGGUGAACCUCCUUGCAGCCGAGCAGCAGCGUCUAAUGGCCUCCACGGUGUCCUUACUCCGGGAAUUUGAGACCGCCGUCGACGGCGAAGCGCGGAUGUUCGCGCUGACACUCAAGUCGGACGAGGUGUCGUUCCUCGCCAGCCUAUCCCUGACAUAUCGCGCGCUGCCGCCUAACGGGCCGCGUAGUAGGACUUUCGCGGACGAGUGCAUCGACGCCGCGCGAGCCUCGAUGCGGUGCCACCUCGAGGCGACGGCGAUGAUGGACGAGCAGUCGCUCAAGAUCGUGUACAUCCACUGGACGAUCCUAUACGCGCCCUUCAUCCCGUUUAUCGUCAUCUUCUGCCUCGUCAUCGAGACUUCCGAUCGGGAGGAUCUGACGCGUCUCGCUGAUUUUGUGCGCUCGCUGGAGCCCGCUUGCGAGGUUUCGCCGUCUGUGAGGAAGCUGCAUCAGCUGUGCCAGGUGCUGUAUAAUGUCGCGGAACUGUAUGUCGAGGCGAAAGCUGCCGAGGGCGUGGGCAGUGAGUUCGAUGCGUACCUGAGCCAGCUUGGCUUCAUGCCGAUUGAUGUCGAUGGGGGCGGCAUGAUGGGGGUUCAGACGGGGCUUGAUGCAGGGGGGAAUGUGCAAGGGCUUGACGAGCAGAUGAGGGCUGCUACACAGACGAAUCAGCUCGAGGAUUGGUUUUCGGGAAAGAACUAUAUGAUGGGCCUUCUUGAAGAGGAUUUAUCGGGAAUCAAUCCCAUGGGAUGGCCUUCAUAAUUGGGAUAGCAUGGUUCAAAGAGGCCCAUGGCCUCGAUGGUCAUGUGGCUUGUAUAAUUAGUUGUAUUUUGUACUUAAUAGGAGAAUGGCUUGAUCUGCUAUUCUCUGUAUAGUCUGGAGAGUGGGCGAAACUGGUAUGAAACGCUACUCAACCACAUAGAGCGCGGGAUAAUGAUAAAGGAAAUUUGUAUUUACCCUCUGCACAUGUCUAAUCUAUAUAGACGUGGCUAUCCCGUUCCUCUUCCUCGACACCUGAACCCAAUCAAUCAAAUGCUGGCCUCAUUUGGCAUCUUUAUGUACAUGGCAUAUUGACACACUUGCCCUCUGU